UUAAUAAACAAAAUCACUUCAAAUAAAAGGUAUAAAUAUAAACUUACAUUGUUGUUUCAACAUUAGUGUUGUUUUAACUUUUCCAUAAUGAAAUUCUACGCUUUGUUUAUAUUGAUUUUGACUUUAAUAGCUUUGACGUUAGGACACGGUGCGGGUGAUCAUGAAGCUGGUAAAGCAGGUCAACCUGGGAAGCCUGGGUCAUCAGACGGUUUAGGUGGUAAUGGCAGUGAUAGUGGAAAUGAUGGCGGUCAUGGAGGUGAUGGCGGCAAUGGCUGUAAUGGAGGAGGUGGUGGUGGUGGCAAUGGCGGCAAUGGUGGUGGUGGCGGCAAUGGAGGUGGUGGGGGCGGCGGUAGCAACGGAGGAGGCGGUGGCAAUGGAGGUGAUGGUGGUAAAUGUGUUGAAUCUAACUAGAUUCUUAUUAUUAAAUUUUCUCGUUAAACCAAUAAAGUACUUAUUUGAAAAUAAUUACUGAAGAA